AUGUCGUUUGUUUCAAAAAAUAAAGAAAAUAAUAAACAUGGUUGGUCAUCUGAUGCAUUACUUGAAUUAUCUGAUAUUGCAAAUGAACAAUUACGUACAUUAGAGAGCAUGAAUUUCUCUCAUAUUCAUACAAAAUGUCAACAAGAAUUGGAAUCAAGGCAUUCAGCUGCUGUGGCACAUCUUGGACAAAUCUAUUCACAACGUUUAGCAGAUCUAGCACAAGUUUAUACUCAAGAUGUUUGUCCUGAAUCGGAUAAAUUCAAAUAG